GCUUUGGAGUUGGACGCCGCGUCGGGUGGUUGUUGUGCGUGCUGCAUUUAGUGCCUUUUCGCCAAAACCGCCAUUUUGCUCUGUGUUUCCAUUACCAUAUCGUUAGUGUGAGAUUGUGAAAGUUUUGUGAAUAGAGGUUUCAGGGCGCUGGACCAACAAUGGAAGUCGCACCAGCUAACGAUGAAGUGGUAGAGACUCGGGCAGAGACUCGGGCAGAGACUCGGGCAGAGAGGAGGCUGACCAGAUACCAAAUAGCAUCUCGAGUAUCAACAGAUGCGCCAGAAGUCCAAGAAAUAGCUGAGAAGAGGCAGACUGUUGUUUCAGCAGAAAUGGCUGAAAAGAGGCAGACAAGACGCCAAUCAACUUUACUGCAGAGUAAUGGUGAUUCAAAAGUGGAAGAGAAACCACCAAGAGAAAUGGCAAAAAGCCGCUCAAGGUCUCGAUCUUCCGUGAAGGAAGUUCCCAAAAUGGAUGACAUUACUUCAACUGUUGGAGCAAAAGCACCCAGGCAAGUGGCAAAAAGCCGAUCAAGGUCUCGAUCUUCUUUGAAGGAAGUGCCCAAAGCUCAAGAAGUUGGAGAAAAAGCUCCCAGACGAAUGGUAAAAAGCCGAUCGAGGUCGCGAUCUUCUUUGAAUUCUUUGAAGGAAGUGCCCAAAGCUCAAGGAGUUGGAGCAAAAGCUUCGAAACUCAUGGAAAAAAGCCGAUCAAGGUCGCCAUCUUCCCUGAAAGAAGUGCUCAAUAUGAAAGGAGUUGGAGCAAAAGCUUCGAAACUCAUGGAAAAAAGCCGAUCAAGGUCGCCAUCUUCCCUGAAAGAAGUGCUCAAUAUGAAAGUUGAAGAAAAACCGAGACAAAUACUAAAAAGCCGAUCAAACUCCCGAGCUUCCUUGAAGAAUAUGCGAGAUACUGAUUCAAAAGAGUCAUUGGAAUUAUCCGAUUCAAUGUCGACCAUUGAGGAAAGUAGUCGUUCAAACUCUGCGCCUAUCAUGCCAUAUAUUCCAGAAGAGAACGAGGCUGAAACUACACUCACACCUGAGGAAGCGAGCCCUGAAAGCCCCCCAUAUCUGAGUGAAUAUGCUAGAUCUCUGAGGAAAUCGAUGAGUCGUAGAAGGUCCAUCCAUGCCGAUCCUGUGCCGUUGGUGAACAGGCCAUUUAGGCCAUACGCAACACCUUAUUUGAACGAAAGGCCAACUUUGAAAAGGAAAAGAAGUCCCUCGCCGGUUGACGAAACUAAUGCAAAUACGGUAAAGCGGAGUAGGUCUUACUUAGGCCGUUUAGUUGGUCUAUUUCGGUCAGAAUCGAAUGGAGACACCAAUAAAGAUGAUGAUACAUCUAUGGGUUGUGCAAUAAUGUAGCUCUCUACGUUAUUUGUAUAUAUUAUAUUUAUAUAAUGUGUAGGAAAUCACAGGGAUCUUGACCGAAAUAGUCUAUAUUACGUUAUUUUUCCCAAUAUGUCAAGCUUUUGAAUGGUUUUCUACAUAAAAUUUGACAAUUAGUGACCAAAAAAAAAAUUAUUAUACUAAAAACUGGUGCUCAUUAGCACAUAACUCAUAUAUUUUUUAAACAUUUUUGACUUUGUAUGUAUGUCUUUACGUUUUAAUCAAUGUAAGUGACUAUUCAAAUCUUUUUAUAAUUGUAUAAAUUACCAUAUAACUUAACAAUAAUAAAGGGUCCUGACGAAAUCACGAAUGGAAUUCGCUCUGAUAGUUGUUUGAUUUCUGUAUCGUGAAAACUCUUCGAAAGCUCAACAUGGGUAACAUGAAAAAUAAUGUAAUAUAGACUCUCUUGUCCUACAUCCCUGUGAUUUCCUGCUCGUUACUGCUACGGCAGUUAACAUAUAUUAUUUUUUUAUAUAUAUUCACCUUUAUCCAAAUAUUUUCCUAAUUUUUUUUUGACCUUUUGAACUUUUCUUUAUUUGUCCUAAAUGGAUUUUGUAGGUUAGACCAUGUACAAAUAGUUAUUAAGAGAAAAUACAGUUCUUGAUUUGACUGAAAUUUCGUGCCAAAUAUUUGAUCUGCACUUUGGACUUUGCAUAUCAAAUUACAAAAUUAGUUUUCUACUUAGUUUUUUAGAAGAAAUGUUUGUUUUUUUUGUUUUUGUCCUAAAUGGACGCUUUAUAUGUAUAAUGUAUCCAGGAAUGUAUCUUAUUUAGAUACAAAUAUUACUUUUUUGAAAUUUGACAUCUGCCUUUGACUCCUGGUAUCAAAUAAAAGUAUUAUUUUGUGUUAUUCUACUAAAUUAGUUUUCUAAAAGAUUUUUUUUUGUUUUUGUCCUAAAUGGACGCUUUAUAUGUAUAUUGUUUCCAGGAAUGUAUCUUAUUUGAAGACAAAUAUUACUUUUCUGAAAUUUGAUAUCUUCCUUUGAUGUCUGGUAUCAAAUAAAAGUAUUCUUAUAUGUCAUUCUACUACUAUUUUUGUAGAGACCUGAGGUAUGAAAUUUUAUUGGUGGUUCUAAAUGUCAAAUUGUUUAUAUGUAUUUAUAUUUUACACUAUCGGAUAAAAGUAAAGCAACUUUCAUGAAAUCUUAAGUUUUAUUGCAUUUGACAACACAAAAACAACUACUCUAGUUGAAAGCUUAAUAAAAUAAUCAAUAAUGAAAAAAAUUACCUUGAUACUUGAUAGGAUAUCUAUUGUUGGCUAUGACUUUUUGGCAGAGUAGUCGUUAAAACUCGGCGCCUAUCAUGCCAUGCAUACCAGAAGAGGAGGAAGCUGAAACUACACUAAAAUGUGAGGAAGCAAGCCCUGAAAGCAUACUUAGUGAAUAUGCUAGAGCUUUGAGGAGACGGAUGGGUCGUAGAAGGUCCAUCCAUGCUGAUCCUGCAAUUUUGGUGAAUAAGCCAUUUAUGCCAUUUAUACCUUCUUAUUUGAAGGAACGACCAACUUUGAAAAGAAAAAAAAGUCCGUCACCAGUUGAUAACAGCAAUACUGUAAAGCGCUACUUAUGCUGUUUAGUAAGUCUAUUUCAGUCACAUCAGAAUAUGGACGGUACAUCCAUAUGUUGUGCAAUAAUGUAGCUCUCUACUUUAUAUAUACUCCUGGACAAAAUUAUCGCACCACCACUGCACAUAAACACCAUAAGCAGUGGUGCGAUAAUUUUAUCCAGGAGUAUAUUAUAUUUAUAUAAUGCGGAGGAAAUCACAGGGAUCUUGGCCUAUAUUACAGUAUUUUUCAUAAUAUGUCAAGCUUUUGAUUAGUUCUCUACAUAAACUUUGACAAUCAGUGACAUAGAAACAAAUAUAUUAUAUUGAAAACUGGUGCUUAUUAGCAUAUAACUCAUAUAUUUUUUAAACAUUCCUUCUUUUUAUGUAUGUCUUUACGUUUUAAUCAAUAAGUAUUCAAAUCUUUUUAUAAUUGAUUGAAUAAAUUACCAUAUAACUAUUAUAACUUAACAAUAUUAAAGAGUCCAAAAGCUUGACAUAUUGUGAAAAAUAACGUAAUAUAUAGACUGUUUUGGCCGAGAUCUCUGUGAUUUCGUACUCGUUAUGUACUACUGCGGCCCUUAAACUUUUCAACAUUUACUUAUUUUUUUUUUUUUUUAUAUAUUCUCACCCUCCUUAAUUUAUUAAAAUAUUUUCCUUAUUAGAGAGGAUUGAACUUUUCUUUAUUUGUCCUAAAUGGACGCUUUAUAUGUAUUAUGUAUCCGAGAAUGUAUCUGUAUUUUAUUUACAAACAAAUAUUACUUUUCUGAAAUUUGAUUUCUGCUUUUGACUUCUGGUAUCAAAAUCAAAUAAAAGUAUAAAAGAUUGUUUGACAUUCGAAAACAAUUGAAUUUCGUCUGUGACAGCAGCAAACAACUCUUCAAACUGGGAGUAUUUUAGCUUCCGUUAUUAUUUUUGAUAGUUGGAUAUUCUAUUUUAUAAGUGUUGCUCUACUUUUGUCUGAUAGCGUAUGGACCAUAUUAAUAAUUUCUAGGCAAGAAAACCUAUUUAAUUUAGAAUUAGGACUACUGCAAUCAUUUUAUGCCAAAAAUACAACAUUUUUUUAUGAAAAAAUGUUACAUAUACUUAAGGACUUAUUUUUAAGACAUAUUUUGUAUCAAUUUUUUUUUAAGAUUUAAGGGUAAUAAAUUACUUUUUUCAAACA